UCCUAGUGAGCUUUGUGACGCCUAUGACGUAUUAAAUAUGACGCACUGUGCCACAGAGUACUGCGUGUGCACACAGGUUUUAACUGUAGAACUCGGUGAGACGGUAGAAAUUGUUUUGAUCGACGAGGGCUUGAUAUUCGAUGCGAGUCAUCCAUUUCAUCUUCAUGGUUAUUCCUUCUACGUGGUAGGACAAGAGAAGCUGAGCAGUUCUACAAGCCUCCAAGAAGUCAUGGAACUUGAUAAACUGGGAGAAGGGCUUCCACGGAACCUGGACCAUCCUCCACUCAAGGAUACGGUGAUCGUGCCCGAUGGAGGGUAUACCAUCAUCCAGUUUGUCGCGGAUAACCCAGGCUGGUGGUUCCUGCAUUGUCAUCUCGAGUUUCACGUUGCUACCGGCAUGAGUAUACUGAUCCACGUUGGUACCAAUGAAGACCUACCCCCUGUUCCCGAGAAUUUCCCACGCUGUGGCAACUGGCCAUCAUCCUUUAAUCAGCCAAUACAACCCACUGAUGACACAGAGCAACCAAUGCCGUGCACUGGGAGGGGUAGCACCUUACACCCUAACAACUCCAUCACAAUCUUCAGUCUCUCACUGGCUAUUCUUUUGUUCUGCUUCAUCCAUUCAAUACCGGGAGCGGCAGGUCUCAGUGAAAAGCUUGAAUAA